AUGCCCCCUGAAGAAAUUAUCAAGGUCAUGGAAAAAACGAGUAGAAAUCUUCCCAUCGCUUUUAUUGAACGCAAUCGGAAUAAGAUAUUGCGUCUGACCGAGAGAUGCGCUCGUUUCCCUUCAGUGUAUGACAUUCAGUUCAACAACAUAUACUGGCAGAGGCUUUCAACGGCAACAGGCAUGAUUUACCUCUAUGGUGCUUAUUAUGACAACCGUACUCUCGAGCCUCAAAGGCCUGUGGUUCGCCUAUUAGCUAUAAUGAACACCGAGAAAGGUUUACCACAAACCGUAUGUCAAUUCUGGUUCGAUGAACAAGAAACGCCGGUCUUCAGCGAUACCUCAUACAACUACAUUUGGGACAAACGAUGGGAUUUCCAUAAUGUACGUGACUUGGAGCCUUACCUUAUUACAUGCAGUGUUCCUAAGUCUCAUCGCCACCUCAUUCCACAAGCUGUCACCCUCGUCCAGUCCACAUGUGAUUUCGCUUCUAACAGCCUGCGUGUCAUUUACAACCCUCCUGAAAAAGAGACACAGCAAGGAGACUUUGCCGUUUGUGUCAAAGGAUUCGACUUUUAUUUCGAAGACAACACGAAGCGCCUCGUCGAGUGGCUCGAGCUUCUUUCCGCGCUGGGAGCUCACAAAGUAUUUUAUUACAGCCUCGGCAUGAAUGCUAAAAUGGAGAAAAUGAUGAACUACUACGUAGACAAAGGCUUCGUCGAAGUUAUCCCGACGACUUUACCCGCCUCGCAACCGAACAUUCCAGGUCUUUUCUUCAAAUACGUUUUUUCUAGAGAUAGGUUCCAGCACGAAGUUAUACAGCUCAACGACUGCUACUACAGGAAUUUAUACCGAUAUAAAUAUACAGUCCAUCUUGACACCGAUGAAGUUAUCGUUCCUCGUUUCGCACCCACCUGGCAACACUUGAUGCAAACAUUAAAGAAAAAGAGUGCCAAAGAUAACCUACCCUACGUGUCCUACUGCGCCAGACAUACGUAUUAUAUGGAUCAAAUGCUUCCCUCCCAAGAAUGGCUUAAAGAUAUACCCUCUCACCUGCACAUGUUACAGCAUAUUGUACGCUCUGCUAAUUAUAGUAGGAUACAAGACAGCGUCAAGUGUUUCCAUAGCACAGCGGGUGGCCUACACUUGCACAACCAUUAUCCUUUACUUGCUCUAGGUGAAACGUUUCCUUACGCUUACAGUAUCCCAACCCAUGACGCGCAGUUGAACCACUACCGCAGGAAUUGCCAUGAUUUUGUUAUAAACUGUUAUGAAACAUUCAAACGGUUCACCGUUUUUGAUCCCGUUGUCUGGAAAUACAAAGAUAAACUUAUCACAGAAGUUAAUAAAACCUUCUCUCAUUUAGGCUACUUGUAA